AGAGAGAGAGAGAGAGAGAAUAAAAUCCCCUCUUCUUGCUUGUCUUUGUUCGAGAUUAGGUGCGCAAUAUCCCCAGAUCAUCUUCUUCUUGCUCUCGUCAAUCUUCUUCUGUCCUGUUCUGUGAAGGGUUUUCUUCUCCUGCUCUGUUUCCCCUGUUUCUUGAAGGAGAGAGAGAGAGAGAGAGGGGGAGGGGGGGAUGGAGAUGAUGUAUUACCAGCUGGCCAGGUCGUCUUCGUACCAGGACUCGCUGAAAGUCUUAGAGGCUGAUAUACAGCACGCUAACGCUCUUUGUCCGUGAUCAGGGCCACUGCGAUUCCGAGGGCAAAGGGCGGCGCGCGCCUUCAAAUGAAGCUGGUCUACAAUCACUUGGCUCCGCUUUUCUUGUUUUUGCUACAAUGGAUGGAUUGCUCCUGCACUUGUCUACUACCCAGAUACUUAGACCUCUUCCACAUACUCAUAUACAAGGUUUAUAGUGAUGGAAGGCCUAAUAUAUCUACACAUGGGAGGAAGGCAACAAUAAGGGACUUCUACGCCGUUAUAUUGCCAUCUCUUAGACGGCUGCACGGCGACAUGGAAGAGUUGGAUGAUGUCAAAGGCAAGCAUCUGGCUAUGGAGUCUGUGGGCAGGAAGAAAGUGGAAGGUGACUUUAGGUUUGCCAAUGUAGAUUUAGAGAGAGAAGAUGAAUGUGGGAUUUGUUUGGAACCCUGCACCAAAAUGGUGUUGCCAAAUUGUUGCCAUGCAAUGUGCAUAAAAUGCUAUAGGAAUUGGAAUGUGAAGUCCGAGUCUUGCCCCUUUUGUCGUGGAAGCUUGAAAAGAGUGAAGUCUGAAGAUUUAUGGGUGCUCACUUGCAAUGAAGAUGUGGUUGAUGCGGAAACAGUCUCUAAAGAGGACUUGCUACGUUUCUAUCUCUACGUCAAUAGCUUGCCAAAGGAUAGCCCAGAUGCUCUGUUCUUAGUUUAUUACGAGUACCUAAUAUGAUCCAAAGUAAUUCUCACUGCUGUACAGAUUAAAAAUGAAAGGCCGACUGUCAGAUGUAGAUAGAGUCUGGUGAGAAGAGUUUCUCUCUGAUUUAUGGAAUAAUCAAUUCCACAUUGUACUUGUCAAAACAUUUAUCUGCACAAAUGCAAGAUAUUUGAUUAUCCUGUGAGUCUUCA